CUGAGAUAUGUUAGUCAGUCGUAGCACAGCCUCAGCGGAGUGUGCAUGUAAUUUUUGCUUCUCGUUUUUUUUUUUUGUUUAAUUUAAAAAUUAUCUCGUAUAAAUAUUUGGUUUGUAAAAACGAAGAAUUUUUUUAUUGUAAAAGAGAAAAAGUUUAAAAAUUUUAUUUUUUAUGUGUUUUUGUGUGUGAAGGUUUUUCGUGAAAAUAUGCAAAAAAAUGAGUUUUUUUAUGAGAUUAAAAAUUCAUGAAUAAAAAAAGAGUACACUCAAUACGUGAUUUAUAUGUAUACGUUCGCUAAAUAUUAUGUUAAUUUAGUUAUGGAUGAUUAGUUAGUGAUUUUAUUAAUUAUUAAGUAAAGUGGUGAAUAAAUGAAAUUACAGACCAUAAUUCAAAGCUACUUAAGUAGACCUCAAUGUGAAUUUUUUUCUUCUUUUUCUUUGUUUCUUUAUUAAAAAAAUGUGUUUCAUGGUAAUUGGAUAAGAAAAAAAAAGAUACCAGAGAAAUAAGUGUAUUGCACACACAUAUAUCGGUGUGUAUUGGAUCAAUUCCCUUUGCAUUGGCAACGGCCAACAAUUGCAUCGACCAUAUUAUACAGACCAUAUAUCACAAUAAUGAACUAUCACAUCAAUUCAAAUUUAAUGGAGAUAAACAAGCAAUGGCAUAUACCACGGGCAUCAUUAGGCGGUUCCACAUCCAGUCAAAGUGGCAGUCAAAUAUCCAGAUCAAUAUCGUCAAGCGUUAAGUAUCCCGGCAAACAUGGCGGAUACAAAAACCGCGGCUAUCAGAGUGAAGGAAGUGAUUCCAUUCCCGAUAAGGAGCGAAAGAAACGUAAAACAGCAGCAAAUUGUCGCAAAAUUCGAGACAUUGACAAACAUCCAGGGGGCAUUGGGGAUGAAACAAACGAUGGUGUGAAACGAGGCUCACAAUCGUCGCAAGGAUCGACUGAAAGUAAUCAUAGCUCACAUAGCGCUUCGUCCGGUUCGUUAUUACUGACCGCUGCCAAUUUGGAACAACUUGCUCAAAUUCAUAAGAAAAUACCACUAACCCAUCAUCAAUUUCAUACCGACGACUUUAACUCGGAAGUACAACAGCAACAACACCAUCGAUUGUACAAUGCAAACAUAACAUCAUCGUCACGAUUACCAAAUGGUAUGAUGCAUCGAAUCAAUGAAGACACAACGAUCAUACCAAUUAGUAUCGAUCCGAAUCAAAUCAAAACCAAAGAUUUAGAUACAAUUUCAACGGCCAGUUCAACUCAUUUUACGGUGGUAAAUGGAAUGGGCGGACCACAACGUGUCGCCAAGGAUGGCUUAUGCAGUCGAGGACAUCAGAUAACUGUACUGAUAUUAACGAUGAGUUUGAUGUUUUUGAUUGGUAUCUCGGCGGCAGUGUUUAUGUUAGAAAUGCGUGCCAAGAAAAUGCCACAUUGAUGCUGUGAAUUGCUAAUAUUCAACAUGGAUAAUAAUUUAUUAUUUAAAAUUAAUUUAGCAAAAUUUAAAUUCGAUUGGACAAAGAAAUGGUUAUAAGUGGACGGGAAAGAGACUGUAAAAUUAUGAACUGAAAACAUUUCUGUUGACUCCACGUAACAUUAUCUAAAGAGCCUAUUUUUCCCUUUUAUCGAAAGCUUUUUCCACGUGUCAUUUAUUUUAGCACCUUUAUCCUCAACGAGUUGACAUGACAUCAACUCAACUGAAUUGUUAAUCGAUAAAUUUUUAGCUAAAAAACAUGAAAUGAAGCAACUUGCGGUCACAAUCUUUUCUAUGGUCGUUUCUUUAAUCGAUGAGAACACUAUGUUAUUAACCCGUCACAUACGACUAUUCAUCUGUUAUCGAUAACGACGACAAAAAAUAAUGACAAGCCCUGGGUAAUUAUGCUCCUUUAUAUAGUGAAAAUACAUGUUAACAAGAUUGAAGUACAAGAUUUAAAAUCAACCGAUCACUUAGAGUACAUAUGGUAGACAUACACACACAAACAUUCUAAUCAGAAAAUUUAGUCACUUAGGUAGAGAUAGAUCUGAAGUAGUUAGUGAAGUGAUGUCAGUUCUUUUAGGUCAACCCAUCGAUAUAAUAUACUGUAGAUAAGAAGACACGAAGAAGACUAUAUUAUAUCGAUGCUUCAACCCUAUGGAGGAUACCGUUACUUUUAUGUUGAUCCUUUAAUUUGAUUUAUUUCAUUUUAAUUGCAUAUGCUAAAUAGUAAUUCGAAGGGCAUAUGGGUGGCGCCACUAGAGAAAGGGGACUAGUUCUAUUUUGAAUUUUAAUUCAGCUGUGAAAAUGCAUAGAUGUUGCCACUAGAGAAAAGGAUAAAAAAAACUCACCAGUAUCAGCCCCUAUAGGCUGAUUUUCUGUACAUGAAUUUGGGUCACUAAAUUUUGUCACCACUUAAAUGUACAGUAGAAAACGUAAUAAAUAAAGAAAUAAUCAAAAGAUUAUUAUUGACGAAAUGUUUGCAAAAGUGUUGAGGUUAUGGCUCUCGUUCGUUUUCGGCAUGGCGUUUUUUUUUUUGGUCGUCGUUGUCGAUGACAGAUCAGUUCAGAACACGUUAUAAAAGUCAGUGUAUGAUAAAACCGGUGUAGACAAAACAUAGGUUUCGCUCCAGGUAAAUAAAUAAAUAAUUUGUAAAAGACUAAAGACCUAAAGACUAAAGUAAUCAUCUCCAGUCAUGAUAUUCUUAUAUAUUCAUAAUCAACACUGUGCUAAAAUAGAUGACACGCAAGACACGCAACCAGUUCAACAGUGUAAAAAAUAGUAAUAUUGCAAGUGAAGAUAAAGAAUGGAAGAAUCUCGAUGAAGAUAAUUGUUAUAAUAAUAACAAAAAUUAAAAAUUCGAAUGAAAAAAUUAACGAAUCUUCGGAAUUAUUUAAAUAAAUUAAAUAUGUGAAUGAAGAGACGAAGGAAAAAAACCUAUAAAUUAUUAAUUA